AUGGUAUCCCAGAGGAUCAACUCUGUGGACUUGUCCUGCUGCAGUCUGGAGCAGCUGCCUCCCAACCUCUUCUACAGCCAGGACCUCACCCACCUCAACCUCAAACACAACUUCCUCCCAACAGACCACCGUCUACACCAGCUACAGAGGUAGGUGGUACGAUCCAGGGGAAAGGGCUGGGCUGGAAUUAUAUGGGAUGGGUCUCAAAAAAAGGAUAGGGGAGGCUGGGCUUGGCCUGGUAAGGUUGCACUGCCUGGACAGAUCUGGAUAUAGCAUGGUUUGGCUGGGCCACAAUAAGGUAGGGCUGGAGCUGGACUAGACUGGACUAGCCUAGAUUGGAAUGGAAUUGGCAGAAUAGUGCUGGGCUUAAGAUGAAUGAAUAGGGUAAUGUAAUUCAGUUAGCAGGGAAGUGUCAGUUGGCUUGGGUUGGGCAGACUUGAGCUGCUUAGCACAAGGCAUAGUGGAGCUGGGCAGGAUAAGGCUGGCCUGAGCUGGGUUGGUCAGACAGACAGACUGAGUUGGGAAGGACAGGACAGGACAGGGCCUAGUUGGGUUUGCCUGUCUAGUAGAGUAGCCCAGACCUGUCUGCCUCUGCAGGGAGGCUUUUAAUAUGGCCUGCCUCCCUCCUUCACUCUCCCUCUCAGUACUGCUCAGUGGGCACCAUCUGGCCCCAGAUUAACCUAACGUAGCAGACGUAAAGGAAACACCUGAAACUAGAUCCCCUACAUACUGGUCUUGACGUGAAGAAAAUGUUUUAUUCUGGGGAGGUCCUCUUCUGCACUGUUCAACCAAUCCAGUAAAUGUGAAGGAGGAGUUAAGAUGGAGUGUCUCCUUGUUAACGUCCAAAAGCCGAAGUCGAGUCACAGGCUCCUUUUCCAUUUCCCCUGAAAACUGGAACGUUCGGUUGUUGCGGACACGUCAGAGUUGCUAGUUCCAGAUUAAAGCACACAGAAAGACGUACUGUGCAAUGUGUGUGUGUGUGUGUGUGUGUGUGUGUGUGUGUGUGUGUGUGUGUGUGUGUGUGUGUGUGUGUGUUCGUGCGCACACAAGUCACAGCCUGUCUUAGGAUGCUAGCCAGAAGAUGAUUAGCCAUUUAACUGCACGUACAAGUGUAUGUUUGUAUCCUUGUACUCUAUGAGAGAGGAGCAGAGUGGGGCAUUGUAUGUGUGUGAGAGAGAGUAUAUUGGGUUGUGUGUGUGAGACAGAAAGAGUGUGUGUGUGCGUGUAUGAAAGAGACAGUGAGGUUGGAUGAAGCCUGCAGAAUUGGGGCAUGGAGAAUCUUUAAACAGUGGGUUUUUGUUUGAUCAUUGCAGAUUAGAGUAGUGUGUGCAUGUGCCCUUCCGACUCUGUGAAUACAGAUUUGUUCUCACAGGAGGAAAAUAAUCUUGCAGCAAGGAAAUGUGAAUUAUUAUGUGGAUUAUAAUUAUUAUAAUUUUUGUAGGGGUUGAUACAUUUUUAGUUAGGGCAAAUAAAGUCUGACAUUUUUAAGUGGAAAUUACAAACUUUAGAAGCCUUUUUAAACCUUAAAUAGUUUGCAUUUCCUGCUGUGCAGGAAAUUUCUCUGUGACAACGGAGUGAUCAAAUUAAGAGAGAACAUCUGUAUGUGCCAGGAUCAACAGGUUAAAGAUUAAACGAGGCUCUGGCAUAUCAUAAUUAUCUGCUGUUGCAUAUUCUGGGGAUAAUUACCAUUUAAAAGACAGACAUGACAGAUGAAAAGCUGCUAGUUUGGAGCUAAAAAGAUAUGUGGUUGUUUAUGUAUGAGGGUUUAAUUGCUACAGAGCAUCCCUGCUGGUCAUCAGACACAGACAAUGUUGGGUACUAAUGAGUAUGGCAUAUACAUUAGUAGGGAUCACCCAUAUUUGAGAGAGAGAACGAGAGAGAGAACGAUGGAGAAAGGGAGAGGGGGAGAGAGAGGGAGGGAGGGAGAGAGAGAGAGCAGAAUGGUGGUGAUGAAGUAAUGAAAAUAGAUGGUGUUAGAUGACAACACAGAUAGUGUCCCUCCUCUCUCUCUCCUAGCUCCCUUUCUCUCUCUCUCUCCCUCUCUCUCUCUCUGUCCCAGCCUCCUGGUCUCAUUCAGGUCCUCCAGGAGGACGCUUCCCUCAGCUGGAAUUAAAUGACCAUGUAAAUCAGUACCCCUGACAUCUAGCUUCCCUUUUCUUCCUAACAAAUGAUGAAGGGUGUGCCUGCCUGCCUGUGAGCGUGUGUGUGUGUGUGUGUGUAUUUGUUUGUGAGUGUGUGAGCAAUUCAAAGCAUUACCAGACUAAAAGGCAGCAGACUUGUCUGUGAGGUUAUCAGCUUUGAUGCUAACAUGGCAAACGGCCCAUGAGGGGUGGGUUAUGUACCCUCCCCCCAUCCCCUGUCCCCUUUCCCCUAGGGAUGACUUGACUGAAGGUCACUGAUGUACUAUAGGACACAAAGCCAAAUGCCACUUGCCUUUGAUGUUGCUACUGACAACACACACUCUGCUUGUUUUCUCAACAUGACAAUAUGAAGGUUUCCACUAUGAUGUGCUGAAGGUUCUGUUUGUAUUUUCUUUUCAACUGUUGAGUCAGACCACUGACAUUGAGUCAGACCACUGACUCUCUCUUCUAUCUUUCUCUACCCACUAUCUCUCUCUCUCUCUCUCUCUCUCUCUCUCUCUCUCUCUCUUCUCUCUCUCUCUUCUCUCACCCCCACCCUUCUCUCGCUCUCUCUUUCUGACAGGUUCUCUCGUUUGCGUAGCCUCAACUUGUCUAAUAACCAGCUGGGUCAGUUCCCCAUGGCCAUCUGUGACAUCUCCACCCUCAUCGAGGUCAACCUCAGCUGUAACUACCUGACCAAUGUGGACCAAGCUGUGGGAUCCAUGACCAAGUAAGAAGCAGGAAGUGUCUAGGGGGCAUGUACAGAGACACAGGCUGCUUCCCAUGGUACCCUAUUGAAAAGUAGUGCAAUUCAUAGUAGUGAACUUCAUAGGGUGAUAUUUGGGACACAUACAAGGGGUCAGAGGGACUAUACAGACACAGAGAGGUCGAGGUAGAUGUCACCCUUAACCACAGUUCUAGGUUCAGAUGACCCCACCCCCAACCCUAACCUCCAACAUAAAGAAGAGGACAGAAUAUCUGACCCUGUAUCAGUGUUAGGAGGCUAUCUGAAAUGUCAUGAAUAUAUGAAAUACAUUAAAUAUUUAAGAUGUUAUCGUCUGAUGAUCUGACAGAGGAAAAGUGAUAGUAGUUCAGAGUGGGGCGUUAAUCUAGGACAGAAGAGAGAAACUGUAAUAAGGUGAUGCGUGCUCCCUCUCAGCAGCAGCAUAGCUGAGCUCCUCUCCUCUCAUAUGGAAGGAUCUGGAAUAAGCCUGUGGCUUCCCCAGUAAGCCCUCUCAGCCUCAAUGCUAAUGCUGCCACCUACCGGCUAUAGCGAGAUCGGCCUUAGUAUCCGAAUGUGGUGAGGAACGUUGUUCAAAAGGGAAUUAACUGUUUGUAAUUAAGCUCUUUUGAUUGUACUUGAUCACCAUGCAUUGGACAGGGAUUCUUGAAAGAACAGAGAAAUGUCCGAAAAAUCAGAACUGAUUUGUAUAUAAUCCUAUAUAUUUUGCUGUGCGGCCUGACAUUUUGGGAGCACCAGUGCGGCAAAACUGUAUUUUACCCAUAUAAUAAUUGUUGUAAUGAUUAGGCUUCGCUGUACCGUUGUUCCAGAGUGCCCUAGAGAUGAAAAUAAUUUUUUUACUUUGACGGCUGCACCAUUACCACUGAGAAAACUGAUUGUUUCUAGCCCAAACAUUUCAAAAGAUAUGACCCAUAUUACCAGCACAAUGUUUUUUUCUUCCUAUAGUCAGUGGAUUGUUGGGCCCCAUUUUACAUUCAUAAACCAUGUUGCGGGCCAUUCUAAAACUACUCGUGGGCAUUCGUUUACACCUUGUUCAGUCAUGUUACUUCAUUAGCUUCCUAGUUAACAACCUGGUUACUUUACCAGUACAUCCAAACAUGUGGGGGCACAGAAAGAAAGGAAAAGUGAUAGCAAAGACAGUACAUUAUGAAGAUAGGCAGAAACUGCUUCUCCAAUAGAAAUCCCUGAUAACGCUUGUAGGCGAUGUCAUGGCGACGUUGGCUAGCUAAGCGCAUGCGUAGAAACACGUCAUCGGGUCUAAUAGGCAUAGGGCUGACCCCAUUUACAUGUUGAUUUUGUCCAUCCACACCAGAUGCGAUCAGGACACGCAUGUUGAAAUAUCAAAACAAUCUCUGAACCAACUAUAUUAAUUUGGGGACAGGUCGAAACACAUAUGAAACAUUCAUAGACAUUUAGCUAGCUAGCUUGCUGUUGCUAGCUAAUUUGACCUGGGAUAUAAACAUUGGGUUGUUAUUUUACUUGAAAUGCACAAUGUCCUUUUAUUCUGGAUCUUUGUAGAAUCUUUACCCAUUUUGAAUCACACAAAAUCGUGUGUUCUCUACUCCGACAAAUAAUCCACAGAUAAAAGGUGAAACCUAGUUAGUUUCUAGUAAUCUCUUAGGCUUCUUCUUCUUCUGUGGACUUUAGAUGGCAGUUGGCAACCAACUUUAAGGUGCAAUACUGCCACCAACUGGACUGUGGACCUCAGUUCCUCUUUCAAUCACCCACGUGGGUAUAUGCUCCUAAAAACCAAUGAAGAGAUGGUUCUGUUUGAGCCCCUGGCGACGUAAACGCUCGUUGAUGCACGUGAGCAGUUUGGAUUAAAUGAAAUGUAUGUGGGGGUGGCACAGUCCAUCACUCUAAGACAUGUGCUACUGAAAUUGUAUGUGGUUAUAUUACAUAAGAGCAAUGCUGCAACACUAAUAAAAAUGAUAUUAUUUUAUAACAAAUUGUGGUGGCUGUCCGCGGUUCUGAAACACAGUGUGCUGUUGAAUUGGCGCCUUUUCCUAGACCAUGUUGCUAUGUGCAUAAUAGCAAAGUUAACCUGCAUAUUAGUGUUGAGAACAAUGCGGCGGAGGCAGUAGCAGAGUUAGGAGACGAGAAAACAGCCCUUGCCUUAAUUGUCUAAGAAAAGUGAGGAGUGAGGAAACCAACUUUAAUUAGGUCUAAAAUCAAUAGCCUAACUGUGAAAUGUGCCUGGCUUUAUAAAUCAUCCAUAGAUACAGUUGAAGUUGGAAGUUUACAUACACCUUAGCCAAAUACAUUUAAACUCAGUUUUUCACAAUUCCUGACAUUUAAUCCUAGUAAAAAUUCCCUGUCUUAGGUCAGUUAGGAUCACCACUUUAUUUUAAGAAUGUGAAAUGUCAGAAUAAUAGUAGAGAGAAUGAUUUAUUUCAGGUUUUAUUUCUUUCAUCACAUUCCCAGGGUCAGAAGUUUAUAUACACUCAAUUAGUAUUUGGUAGCAUUGCCUUUAAAUUGUUUAACUUGGGUCAAACGUUUCGGGUAGCCUUCCACAAGCUUCCCACAAUAAGUUGGAUGAAUUUUGGCCCAUUCCUCCUGACAGAGCUGGUGUAACUGAGUUGCUAGCACACGCUUUUUCAGUUCUGCCCACAAAUGUUCUAUAGGAUUGAGGUCAGGGCUUUGUGAUGGCCACUCCAAUACCUUUACUUUGUUGUCCUUAAGCCAUUUUGCCACAACUUUGGAAGUAUGCUUGGGGUCAUUGUCCAUUUGGAAGACCCAUUUGCGACCAAGCUUUAACUUCCUGACUGAUGUCUUGAGAUGUUGCUUCAAUAUGUCCACAUAUUUUUCCUUCCUCAUGAUGCCAUCUAUUUUGUGAAGUGCACCAGUCCCUCCUGCAGCAAAGCACCCCCACAGCAUGAUGCUGCCACCCCCGUGAUUCACGGUUGGGAUGGUGUUCUUCGGCUUGCAAGCCCCCCCCCCCCCCCUUUUCCUGCAAACAUAACAAUGGUUAUUAUGGCCAAAGUAGAUGUCCUAACCGACUUGCCAAAACUAUAGUUUGUUAACAAUAAAUAUGUGGAGUGGUUGAAAAAACGAGUUUUAAUGACUCCAAACUAAGUGGAUGUAAAUUUCCGACUUCAACUGUAUCUACAGAAAUAAGACAGAUCCUGCUUCUGUUGCCUGUUUGAAUGUUUGUUUAAAAGCCUACUGAUUCAGUGAGCACCUAGCCUCUUGCAAGCACAACAUGUCGGAUAAACUAAUUAACAAAUUCGUUUUUUAAUCUUUACUAUACUGUAAUAAAGACUUUACAAAUUUUUUGUUAGAACAGCCUCUCUGGUAUUAUUUAUAGUUUCUUUAGUGUUGUUUACACUGUUCCCAAUAAUAAUAAUAACCCUCCUUUUUCUUGAUCUCCUUAUUGUUAUUAUUAUUAUGAUCCACAUGAUAAAAAUAAGUAAUGUCAUUAUAAUUAGUAGGCUUAGUAUAGCAGCCUUGUAUAAUCACCAUUGAGCUGUAGGCCUAAGAGCGCAUCCUGUUUAGUCUUAAUACCGUAACUUACUCUUAGGCCUAUAUUUCAAUAGCUAUAUAGGCUACUGUAUCAAUCAAUCAUUAAUUUGUUCAUGUCAUCACACAGCAUACAAGUCAUUCAUGACGGACAGCGCGAUGAACACUGUUGAUGUUCUGUGGUGGUCGCUGCAGCAUGGAGGAGAGAGAGACAACAGGUGCUAGUCACAUAGUCACUCUCUGUAUAAAAAAAAAUUAACACAGCGCAGCAAGUCUGAGCGCGGCCCGGCACAAUCAAAUCAAUUGUGGUUGGACUCCCUCUAGUCAUUUGUGGGUCUUAAUUAUUUCAUCAAACAGUGUGCUUAAAGCAUCAGACAAGCUCAGUGCAUUUAGUUGAUUUGAUUGAAACACAUUGGAUGUGUCUAUAUAUGGAAAAAUACACAUUUGAAAAUUUUGACCAAUCGAUUGGUCAAAAGAACAGACGAUUCUCGGUCAACUAAAAACAUUUUUAGUCGGGGACAGCCCUAAACGGUCGUCUCGUGCUGAACUGCGCAUGUGCAGGCCGGCAAAUCAAAGGCACUCCUUCGAUGUUAAGGAGUUUUUAAAGAAAAUGAAAACGUGUCAGUUUGGAGUAAUAACAUGUUCUACUACUUAAGACAUCGGCUCAAAUCUAGGCCUUUAGAUUUCGAGAAAAUUAACAACUAAGGAAUAAUUUUUCACUUCUCUCAUUGACUUCUCAAACCCCAAACUCCAGCCUGGUCUGCUUGGUCUGUUUCGCAAGCGUUCCUAGAAGUCUCACGAUGUUGCGCCUUUGGGUUUAGAAAGUCUGUGCGGAUAGCUUCUUCAGGAGACCAAUCAUCAUAUCAUAGCCAAAUAUGUUCUAUUAUAUUGACAAGAUAGUCAUGUGACUAUGAAAAUACAUGUCCUCAAAGUUAGAAGGCAGGUGGGAGGAGGCGAGAUCCCGUGGGACCAUUCUAGCCAAUGAGAGGGCAGAUACACAUGUGAACAACCAGCACAACUCGGAUAUAAAGUCGUUUUUUAAAAGUUUCUGAAAUGCCACGUGCAUCCCCUUAUAUCAGUGCAUUCGUAACAACCUAACCAUUACGAAACUUCUAUUUGAUCAAAUAUGGUUCACAUAGAAAAUGAGCAAUUACAUUUCUGCUUCACAAAAUUCGACACUCAUUGACCUCCAUACAAAAAUUCCUCACUUCGUGGACUUGUUUUCAUGGACAGAUUUUGGGCAGAGUAAAACCUCUCGCUUUGCCUCUUCCUCUCUGUCAUAGCAAAUGAAUGAAUGACAGAUCUCUUAGAUAUUGUCACUCACAAACUUGACUUUCUUAAAGAGACAGUGUUAUAAAAAUGUGAGCUUUUUAUAAUACACAAAUGUCUUUACGGGAUUACAUAUUCGAUUCUAGGGUACAACAUGUGCUUCAAAAGUAGCUUGAAUUCAUACAGUCUAAGCCUAAUAGAGGCUAUAUGCAAUCAAAUAAAGUAAUAUAUUAUUACUUUCUGGUGCUCCUAAACGUUUUUCACACGUUAAAGUGCUGUCUACUCACAUGAUGCUCUCCCUCCCAUCUCUCUUCUCUCUCUCUCUUCUCUCUCUCUCUCUCUCUCUCUCUCUCUCUCUCUCUCUCUCUCUCUCUCUCUCUCUCUCUCUUUCUCUCUCCCUCUCUUCAGUCUGCAGACGUUUCUCCUGGACGGUAACUGUCUGAGUGAGUUACCCAGUGAGCUGGGCUCUCUCCAGAGACUGGGCUACCUGGGCCUGUCCUUCAACCAGUUUACCCACGUGCCCCAGGUGCUGGAGCGGCUGACCUCCAUGGAGAGACUGUGUAUGGCUGGAAACAGCCUGGACACACUGGUGCUGCAGAGCUUCAGACUGCUCCGGUUCAAACAUGUCGACCUACGGUAUGCGGCUAGAUAG